AUGGCGAGUGUGGAUGAUUCUGAUGUUUUAAUUGCUCUUCACUCGCGCGUGCGGGAUUAUUUAGCCGGUCGCAUUUCAGAUCUCCCCGCGCGGACGCUGGAGGAUAUGCGUUCGUACUUCUCUUGGUUUAAACUCACCCUACAGGAGAAGGAUUCCCAUAUCGACGCUCUUGAAUCCGAACUUCAGGGCCUUCGCGCGGCGGUGAACCCGAAAAGAGCCUCCCGCUCGUCUUCGCUUCUGAGUGAGAACAACAGUUUUACCGCGGGGGCGGGUUCGAUUCGAGAUUCCUUGUCCUCGACGAUGUCGAAACCGCCGCUUUCGCCCUCACCGACUUUUGUUUUCCCCUUGGCCCCCCCCCCGCGCGGAGGGAGUUCGAAAAAGGCCGUGAAGUUCGUUUUCAAAUCGCCACGACGUGGAAAAAGUCGUUCCAAUACGACCACUACCACCACUCAUAAUAGUAAUGAAAUUAGUAAAUACACGCCAAGUCGUGUGGAUCCGACCUGCGGGAUCAGCUAUGGCGAGGCCCCUUUAAUUUCGACCCCACCAAUCCAAACCUCGCCGACAAAACCCAACGAAAACGACGAACCUUACCAUCCCAAAGACGAAAACAACGACCUUUUUAGUCCAAAAGACGUCCAGGGACGACCUCAGAGUGGCCGGACGCGGGGGGUUUCUUCUUUUUUUCCGCCCCCGACUUUGCGCUACGACGCCUCUGCGUGGGGGCAGCCGAGGUUUCACCCCCCCGCGCCGCCUUCGGCUUUUGGAGGAUUGCGAAAAGUGGACGGAGAAAAGGAAAGGGGAUUUCAAGCGGAAAGGACCAAGCGGUGGGAUCUGCUUGAAAUCGGGCGAAUUCAUCUCAUUCAGCCACCUCAGCGGCGGCCUUUUCUUUAUCAAGACCACCUUGGCUGCUCCAGACAGAGGAAUCCGACGGCAAAUAUGAGGAGAAACUCGGGAGGUGAGGGAAUGGGAGGAGGCUAUACGAACCAUUGUUAUACUAAUUGUAAUAGAGAGGAAGAAGGGAUGAUGAAUGUUGCUGCUGUGGAGUGCGCGAGGCUGCGGAGGAUCUUCGCGCGGCGGCAGGAGAUAUUACUAAAUAAUCAUCCUAAUAGCGAUAAUUUGCGGAGAUGGUGUACAGUGAAUGGAGAUAAAACGUUCUGGAAGACGAAAAUGAGAGGGGAAGGAUAA